CCUGUCGCUGGCGGAUUUCUUUGUUCCAUGGCAAACCCCAAAUCGUCCUCACUCUCGUUCUUGCUAAGCCCACAACUCAGUCGCGGCCCUUUACAAACUCCCUCCGCCGCUGAUUUUUUUCAGCUCUCAAGCAAUCCCAAAAUUCUCCUCCCUCUCAUUCUUGCUGCCCCACCGAAUCAGUCAUAAUCCUCCUCAAAUUCCCAAUAACCUUCUUCUUUCUACCCUAAUUCAUUUACAGUAGCGUAUAUUUUGCACAGCCUUCACCGGCGGCCACGUCCCUCCGCCCACCAGAAACACCGAAUUCUAAAACCCAGUUGUGUCUAUCCUCUCAGGUGGAAACCUAGAAAACCCAAUAAAUUCUUACAUAAGGUUUCAACUUCGGAAACACUUUUGUCCUCCUUAUUACCUCACCUCACAACACAACAACAAAGAUGGGUUCUAUGAAAGAAUCCGACCCUUCGUUGGGCUACCUAACCCACAAAGAAACGGAGGUGAAGCUCCCCAGGCCAACUCGGGUCAAGAACAAAACUCCGGCGCCAAUCCAAAUUACUGCCGAGCAAAUCCUUCGAGAAGCCCGAGAACGCCAAGAAGCUGAAAUCCGACCACCUAAACAGAAAAUUACUGACCCAUCCGAGCUUGCUGACUACCGUCUCCGCAAACGCAAAGAAUUCGAGGAUUUAAUUCGGCGUGUGCGAUGGAACAAAAGUGUCUGGGUCAAAUACGCCAAGUGGGAAGAGUCCCAGAACGAUUUUAACCGUGCCCGGUCCGUGUGGGAACGGGCCCUCGAAGUGGAUUAUCGAGACCACACUAUGUGGUUGAAGUAUGCUGAAGUUGAAAUGAAGAAUAAGUUCGUUAAUCAUGCUAGGAAUGUUUGGGACCGGGCAGUUACACUCUUGCCCCGGGUUGAUCAGCUGUGGUAUAAGUACAUUCAUAUGGAGGAGAUGCUCGGCAAUGUUGCUGGGGCGCGGCAAAUUUUUGAAAGAUGGAUGAGUUGGCAACCGGACCAACAAGGAUGGUUGUCGUACAUUAAGUUUGAGUUGAGGUAUAAUGAGGUUGAGAGGGCGCGGGCAAUCUUUGAGAGGUUUGUAGUAUGUCAUCCUAAAGUGAAUGCUUGGAUUAGGUUUGCUAAGUUUGAGAUGAAAAAUGGGGAGAUUGCUCGCGCUAGAAACUGUUAUGAGAGGGCUGUGGAUAAGUUGGCCGAUGAUGAGGAGGCCGAGGUAUUGUUUGUAGCAUUUGCUGAGUUUGAAGAGAAGUGUAAAGAGGUGGAGAGGGCUAGGUGUAUUUACAAGUUUGCACUGGAUCAUAUUCCGAAGGGUAGGGCUGAGGAUUUGUAUAGAAAGUUUGUAGCUUUUGAGAAGCAGUAUGGAGAUAGGGAGGGGAUUGAGGACGCCAUCGUGGGAAAGAGGAGGUUUCAGUAUGAGGAUGAAGUUCGGAAAAAUCCAUUGAAUUAUGAUGCUUGGUUUGACUAUAUACGAUUGGAAGAGAGUGUUGGGAUAAAAGAGAGAGUUAGAGAUGUGUAUGAGCGAGCCAUUGCUAACCUCCCUCCAGCUGAGGAGAAGCGGUAUUGGCAGAGAUAUAUUUACUUGUGGAUCAACUAUGCUUUGUACGAGGAGCUUGAUGCUCAGGACAUGGAGCGUACAAGAGAAGUUUACAAGUUGUGCCUCAAGGUCAUUCCUCACGAGAAGUUUUCAUUUGCAAAAAUUUGGUUGUUAGCAGCACAGUUUGAAAUCCGACAGCUAAAUCUCCAAGGUGCUCGAUUAACCCUUGGAGCAGCAAUUGGGAAGGCUCCAAAAGAUAAGAUUUUUAAAAAAUACAUCGAAAUAGAGCUGCAACUGGGUAAUAUAGACCGUUGCCGUACACUGUAUGAAAAGUAUCUUGAAUGGUCACCAGAGAACUGCUAUGCGUGGAGCAAGUAUGCAGAACUGGAAAGAUCUUUGGCUGAAACAGAGCGAGCAAGAUCUAUUUUUGAGCUUGCAAUUGACCAACCUGCAUUAGACAUGCCAGAGUUAUUGUGGAAGGCAUACAUUGACUUUGAAAUAUCGGAGGGUGAAUUUGAAAGGACUAGAGCUCUCUAUGAGAGGCUCCUAAAUCGUACAAAACAUUUGAAAGUCUGGUUAAGUUAUGCUAAGUUUGAGACAUCUGCUAUGGAAGAGGUAGAAGAAGAUCUUGAACAGAAGGAAAAAUGCAUCCAGCGAGCAAGAGGGGUUUUUGAAAGAGCACUUAGUUACUUUAGAACAUCCGCUCCUGAACUAAAAGAGGAAAGGGCAAUGCUGCUUGAAGAGUGGUUGAACUUGGAGAGCAGUUACGGGGAGCUUGGCAACGUUGAUUUGGUCCGCGUUAAACUGCCAAAGAAACUCAAGAAGAGAAGGCAGAUAGAAACCGAGGAUGGUCCAUCUGGGUAUGAGGAGUACAUUGACUACCUCUUCCCUGAAGAAACACAGACCACAAAUCUCAAAAUUCUGGAAGCCGCAUACAAGUGGAAGAAGCAAAAGACGAGUCAUGAUGAAGAUUAAGAUCGUUGCUGUUGUAUUGCUAUGCUGUUACCUUGUACAUAUUGGUGGCUGACAUUUUGCGAAGAAGUUAACAUUUUGCAAAAUUUUCAAUUUUGUAUUCAGAAUUCAGUGUUGGGGUUGUACUUGUAAUGAUGUUUCUGGUGGUUAUCCAGUUUUUGUAAUUGGAAAAUGGGAUAGCGAAUUGGGCAGUAAGUAGCCUUGAGUUCGUUUAGCCAUUUAAAUGUUCAUAGUUUUGGAUAAAGAAAUUUUGGGUUAUAUUAGAUGGAGUCAGAUCACGCACCAUAGUGAUUGUUAUGUCAGGGAGAUUGUACUUUUUACGUCAUUCAAUCAGUCUAUUAACUGAUUUAAUUUGUUCACUGA